CAGAAGCCCCUCGCGACGGAAGUCGUCACUGUGUGAGCGCAGGCAGCGUCCGCCGUAGCUCGCCAUGGCGAUGGGCAGCGGCGGUGCGAUCUCGGAACAGGAGGAUGCGGUGCUGUUCCGGCGUGGCACCGGCCAGAGUGAUGAUUCAGACAUUUGGGAUGAUACAGCAUUGAUAAAAGCUUACGAUAAAGCCGUGGCUUCCUUUAAGCAUGCUCUGAAGAAUGGCGACAUCUGUGAAACUUCAGAGAAGCCAAAAGGCACAGCUAGGAGAAAACCUGCUAAGAAGAAUAAAAAUCAAAAGAAGAAUGUCACAACUCCUUUGAAACAGUGGAAAGCUGGUGACAAAUGCUCUGCUGUUUGGUCAGAAGAUGGCUGCAUUUACCCAGCUACCAUUACUUCCAUUGACUUUAAAAGAGAAACCUGUGUUGUGGUUUAUACCGGAUAUGGAAACAGAGAGGAGCAAAAUCUAUCUGAUCUGCUUUCCCCAACCUGUGAAGUAGCUAAUAAUAUAGAACAGAGCACUCAGGAGAAUGAAAGUCAGGUUUCAACAGACGACAGUGAAAACUCCUCCAGAUCUCUCAGAAGUAAACCACAUGGCAAGUCCAAAGCUGCUCCGUGGAACUCGUUUCUCCCGCCCCCACCCCCAAUGCCAGGGUCAGGAUUGGGACCAGGAAAGGUAGGUCUAAGAUUCAAUGGCCCACCACCGCCACCGCCUCCCCCGCCCCCCUUCAUGCCAUGUUGGAUGCCUCCGUUCCCUUCAGGACCACCAAUAAUUCCUCCACCCCCUCCCAUAUCCCCAGACUGUCUGGAUGACACUGAUGCCCUCGGAAGUAUGUUGAUCUCUUGGUACAUGAGUGGCUAUCAUACAGGCUAUUACAUGGGCUUCAGACAAAAUAAAAAAGAAGGAAAGUGCUCACAUACAAAUUAAGCAGUUCAGCUCUCUCCCAAGGAGAUGGUGUGUUGGUGUGCCAUAUGAACAGACGUCUCACGGUCACCUUAUAGACUCUGGACUGAGUGGGGUCAUCGCCAGUGUUUCCAGUGCUGGGGUCCAUGCCUAGCUCACCAGUGGGGUGUGUUUAGAGCAUGAUCACUGUGAGGGCCUGAACGGUGGAAACGUGUGCAUGGAAGUCAGUCUGCCAAAACUGGCUGAGCACAGCUGUAGAAUUGUAACUUUCUUAGUAUGUCGAUUUUUAUUACUUUAUAAAUAAAAGAAAGUCCUUUUUUGAAA